AUGUCCCAGCCCGGCCCCGAAGCAUCGGCCGAGGAGCGCCGGCAGGCCCGGAAGCCCAUCCCCAAGCCGGUCCCAGCCUACCUGCCCACGGCCGGAUCCCCGUUGACCGUCGACAAGCCCGCCUACGAGGCCAUCCAGCGCGCGGACCGGGUGCUCCUCGAAGAGUUUACCAUUCCCAUCCGCUCCGGCCAGGCCUGGGAGGUGCCCCAAGGCUGCGUCGUGCGCAUCACCACGCCCGAAGGGCCCCAAGUCGGCGACCUCAACCUCUGGAACCGGCACAACCCGCGCGAGCGCUUCUGGGCGUCGCGCACGCGGCAGCUGCACGCGUCGCACGUCUCGACGCACGACCGGCUGUGGUCGUGCCUGCCGUACAUGCGUCCCCUGGCGACGAUCCUGCACGACGGCCUGGCGUGGUACGGCGAGGACGAGCACGGCGGGCGCGUGCACGACCUCCUCGGCACGCGCUGCGACCCCUACGUCAACGCGGUGCUGGCCGGCGCGGAGGCCAGCUACGACUUCCACUGCCACUCCAACCUGGUCCGCGCCGUGGCGCCGUUCGGCCUCGCCGAGGCGGACGUCCACGACGUCCUCAACAUCUUCCAGGUCACCGGGCUGGACGACCGGGGAAGGUACUUUAUGAACCCGUCGCCCGCGCAGAGGGGCGACGCGCUCGAGUUCCUGGCCGAGCAGGACCUCCUCAUGGCGUUGAGCACUUGCCCGGGUGGCGACUUGUCGGCUUGGGGAUUCGGCAGUGACAGUGAGCAGGAAAUGAUCAAGUGCUGCCGCCCGCUCCACGUGCAGGUGUACAAGCUCAAGGAUGAAGAGCUUCUUGAAAAGGUUGGCUGGAAGCCUGCUAAAGUGUCGCCGUAUAAAGGAAUGCACGGCGUCUUUUCGCCCAUGGGAGAGUCCAGUCAACGCAAAUAA